AUGUGGCCUUUUCUGCAGGUGAAAAGUGGGGACAACCCCCACGCGUCAUGGGGUGGCUUCAAGGUCCCAGAUCGUUUAUCAGGCUCCGGGACCAUUUUGCAUACUUUCGGCCAUAACCCACAACAGCUAUAUACCUCAUUCACUGGUAUCUUUCAAUGCAGAGGAGAUCUCAGGAAUGUCGACUGUUACAACUGUGUGAGCAAGCUACCUUCCAUGGCUGAAACUCUCUGUGGAAAGACUGUAGCUGCGAGAUUCCAGCUCUAUGGCUGCUAUUUGCUCUAUAAGGUCUAUGGUUUUACUCAGAUUUCAAGCAUGGAGAUGCUCUUCAAGACGUGUGGGAGUACCAACAUGGCCAGGACUGGCUUUGAGGAGAGGAGGGACACAACUUUCUCUGUCAUGGAAAACGAUGUCGUUCCAGGACACGAUUUCUACACCACCAACUACCAAUCAGUAUAUGUUUUGGCUCAGUGUGAAGGGGAUGUGAGGGACUCGGACUGCAGUGAGUGUGUUAAGAAUGGGAGUUCCAUAUCAAGACAAAUCUAUCUCCAUAAGUGCUUUAUUAGUUAUAGUUAUUAUCCAAAUAGGGUUCCCAGAAGAUCAUCCUCAUCAUCAUCUUCUUCAUCUUCAUUAGCAAAUACAGGAAAAACUGUGGCUAUAAUAUUAGGAGGAGCAGCAAGAGUGAGAUUUCUAGUCAUUUGUAUGUUGUUUGCAAGAAAUUUGAUGAAGAAGACCUUUUUUGUAUAAUCAGUUUAGUUUUUUUUAAUA